AUGCUUGGUGAAAAAUACGCCUGUGAGAUCCCGGAGGUUCUGAAAAAAUUCACUCUUGUAACAAAGGGAGACGCUGCCAUUGGCGCGCAUUCCAUGUAUGUUAGUAAUUUAUCAGAGACAGACAUCGAUCCAGAUACUUCUGCCAGCAAAACAUUCGAUGGGCAUGUCUGGGGUGGCUAUAUUCCUCCGCGAGAGGAGAGGCUCGAAGACGGUAGUAUCAUAUACCUGAGGAACAUGACCUUCAAUGGCGACACAACGGAAAAUGUCGGCUUGGCAGAUGCCGGAAUUGACUGGGCACAUAUCGAGUGGCUCGCUCAGAACUUGGAAGACUGGUAA